UACUUUGUUUUAUCCAUUCACAAAAACUAUCAAUAAUAACAAUGGAAGUCUUUAAUGUUAGACAAUUCAUGGUACCUUUCCUUCUUCUUGUUGCAUUAUCAGCAACGUCCUUUUUCCUCGUAAAUGCUCAAGGUGAUUCUGAACCUGUACUCGACGAUGCUGGGAACCCAGUCCUUAGAGGAGUGAAUUAUGUAAUCCUUCCGGUGGGUGGUGGCAAUGGUGGUGGUCUUCGCGUUACAAGCGCUUGGAACGAGACCUCACCACGAUACAUAGGCCCAAACGCCGAUGAAUCAGCACUGGGCAGUAGCGUUCAGUUUUCGCCAGCAGUGGACCCUAAAGACAAUACUAUCAAAAUAUCGACUGAUAUAAACGUAAAAUUUACGUCUAUAUCAUUGUAUAAAUCGUCCACAGUAUGGAGAGUUUACCGAAACGUAGAUCAGCAAACAAAAACUUUGUUUGUGACUGUUGGUGGAAUUGAAGGAAAUCCUGGGCGUGAAACUUUUGAUAAUUGGUUUAAGAUUGACAAGUACGAGGAUGCUUACAAAUUUAGCUAUUGUCCUGCAGUUUGUAGUAAUUGCGGAAACAUUUGUGGAGACGUUGGAAUACUUACUGAAGGUGAUGGGGGGAGAAAGCUUUUGUUUAUUAGUGGAGGUAUUCAUCCUCUCAAGGUUAAAUUUCAUAAGGUUUAGAAUGACCAAAAGUUAUAACUAUACUACUUGUAGUAUAAAUAAGUGUGUGAUUUCAGUAUGUAUGUAUGUAUUAGUGAAGGAAUAAGGAAGAGUAGUCUUCCAGUAGUGGUAUAAAUAAAGAUUGUUAUGGUUUUUUAUUCGUCAAA